AUGGAGGCGGCGGAGCCCGGCGGGGAGCGCGGGGCCGUGGGGCCGGAGCCCUCGGAACCCUCGCAGGACGCCGGUGCGGGAGGGCCGGAGCCCCCCGAGGCCCCGGAGCCGGUGUCGGAGCGGCUGUGCCGGGGCGCGGCGCGGGCGCUGGCGGUAUCCCCCGAGCGUUUCGCGGGAGCGGCGCGGGCGCUGCGCGGGUUCGUGCGGGGCGCGGCGGGGCCGGUGCUGCUCGCCUGGCGCGGCCCCGGAGGGGAGCUGGGACUGCGCCCCGGGCCGCCCCCGCCGCCCCCCGCCUCCAGCAAGGCCAUCUUCUUCCUCCGCCCGCCCGGAGCCGACCCCGGCCCCGCUGAGCUGCUCUGCGGGGACCUCCCCGCGGACCCCCUGGCGCACUUCGCCGCCCUGCUGGAGGAGGUGAUUGUGCCCAUCCUGACCAACCGCAAGAACCACCAGGGCUGGCCACGAGUGGUGUCCCAGGACAUCAUCCAUCAUGUCCACAGCCUAAAAAAAACUGUUUUCAUGGUUGUUGGCCAUGUCAAGGGCAGGACCUUGCUACCUCUUCCAGCUGGCUCAGAGGGAAUUGAGAACAUUGAUCCUGAAAAUGAGAGAUUCCUGGAGCUGGUUGAUAAAUCCCUCGUCCAUGCCACUGAGUCAGCCAUCAUUGACUGGAGCCACCAGAUCCAGAGAGCCCUGAAGAAAGACUCCUCAGAGCCUCUCCUGAAAGGCAGCAACCCCAACCCAAAGGUGGAACUGGAAUUCUGGAAGAACAGGUGUGAGGAGCUGGAAUGUAUUUAUGACCAGCUGAGGUCGAGGAAGGUCAGGAACUUGCUGGAGGUGCUGGAGAGAGUGAAGAGCAUCUACGUCCCAGCCUUCAAAUCCAUGCUCAGGGACGUUGAGGCAGCUCUGGCUGAAGCUCAGGACAUCCACCUUCACCUGACACCCCUCCAGCGGCCCUUGGAGGACAUAGAGGCUGUGGAGUUCAGCAAGGUGAAGCCUUUCCUGGCCCCUCUGCUCCAUGUGGUGUGCUGGAUCUGGGCCACCUGCAAGCACUACAACGUGGCUGUGAGGAUCAUAGUUCUGCUCCAGGAAAUCUGCAACCUGUUCAUCCAGCAGGCAGUGGUGUACCUGUCUCCAGAGGACCUUCUGAAAGGAGAGAUGGAAGAGAGCCUGGGCAAGGUGCAAAUAGUGCUUGACAUCCUGAAUGGCUUCAAAGGGGUGUUUGAGGAGAGACGGGAAAACCUGCACAUGUAUUAUGAGCCAGGCCAGGAAGUGAGGAAGUGGGACUUCCACUCCAGGAUGGUGUUUGCAAGGCUGGACAGCUUCCUGAAGAGGCUGGAGAUGGUGAAGAGUCUCCUGACCACGGCCUUGGACCUGACAAAGCUGGAGAAGAUGGAGUUCAGCGGGAUCAGAGGGAGGGCCCUGGGCCAGCAGGUGCUGGACAUGCAUGAGGAGUUCCAGGAGGCCUACAAGGUGUUUGCAGAGCGAAGCUACGACUGCCUCGACCUGGACAGCACGGAGUUUGAGCAGGAUGCCUUGGGUUUCCAGCAGAAAGUAGAGGACAUCGACCACCGGUUGAGCACUGUGUUCACCCAGGCCUUUGAUGACACCCUGGACUUGGAGCACAUCUUCAAGCUGCUGACCAUGUUCCAGAGCCUUUUGGAGCGUCCAGUGAUCGCUGCAGUCGCUGCUGACAAAUGGCCUGUUCUCAUCAGCAUGUUCAGCACUGCCCUGGACCAGACCAGGCUCAUCUACUGCAGGCAUACCCAGGCAGGGCUCGAGCUUGGGUCUCCCCCCCUGCACAAGAACAUGCCCCCCGUGGCUGGAGCACUGGCCUGGGCUCGGGAGCUGCGAGCGCGGAUCCAGAGGCCUUUUGACCAGCUCAGGCACAUCCCACACCUGUGCUUGGACUCUGCCCAAGGAAAGAGGGUGGUACAGAAAUAUGAGGAGAUGAUCCAGCUGCUCGACAGGUAUCAGGACAAACUGUAUUUGGACUGGUCCCAGACAGUCUCAGAAAAAUCUCAGUACAACCUGACUCAGCCGCUCAUCCGGCGAGACCCAGAGACCAAACUGAUCACUGUCAACUUUGAUCCCCAGCUGGUCUCGGUGCUCAGGGAGGUGAGUUACCUGUCGGGCAGCCGGGCAGGAGCCAUCCCAGCCAUGGCAGCAGGAAUCUACUCCUCCAGGGAGUCCUACCGGCAGCUGGUGGCCAGCCUGGAGCUGAUGGGGAACAGGUACAACAAGGUCCUGAGAACAGUGCUGGAGGUGGAAUACCCCCUGGUGCAGGGGCAGCUUCAGGAAGUUGAUGUGAAGCUGAAAGAGGCAGAAGAAACCCUGACCUGGAAGAUGGAGGGUGUGUGGGAUCACAUCUCUGGGGUCAUGGAGGGUGUCCAUGACCUCGAGCAGAGGCUGCAGAAAGCCAAGGACAAUGUUGAGCUGAUCCAGAGCAUUGUGGGCUCGUGGGCAUCACCCAUCCUGCAGAGGAAGGAUUCUAAAAGGGACUCAGUGCUGAGCCUGGAGGACUGUCAGGAUCACCUGGAAAAACGCUACAGCCUGGUCAGAGAGGCUGGGCAGAGGAUCCACUCCCUGCUGAAGGAAAACCAGAGCCUCUUACUUGCAGACCCAGCAUCUGACUCCUGGAAGGCCUAUGUGGAUUAUGUGGAUGAGAUAGUCCUGGAUGGAUUCUUCAGUGCCAUUGAGUGCUCGCUCAAGUACCUCCUGGAGAACACAGAUCCCAAGGCAGGGCUUGCUCCGCUGUUUGAGGUGCAGCUGGAUUUGGUGAUCCCAGAUUUGGUAUUUCACCCAUCCCUGGACCCUGGCACACACGAUGGCUUCUCUGACAUGGUGGAAGGUCUCCUGAACGGCAUCUACCACAUCUCCUCGCUGGUGCCCCGGCUGGCCACGCACAGCGGCUUCCCCCACUACCAGGCAGACCUGGAGGAGAUGCCUGGGCUGGCUGAGCUGCGCCAGGAGCUGCUGUGCCGCGUGCAGGCCGCGGUGUGCUGGUGCAGCGCGUUCCGUGGUUCCCUGGAGCGCUAUUCCCACGUGUACAGCGAGGACCGGCGGGAGCUGAGCCGCCAGUUCCUGCUCUACGGCCGCACCCUCACGGCCGCGGAGCUCGAGGCCCAGGACGCGGUCCCCGAGGCGCUCCCCACGCUGCAGCAGUUCAGGGAGCACAUCGACCUCUACGAGGGGCUGCACGAGGAGGUGACUCACAUGGAGCCCCUCAGCACCUUCCAGGGCUGGCUGAGGGUCGACGCUCGGCCUUUCAAGGCGGCCCUGCUGAAUGAGGUUAAAAGGUGGAGCUUGGUGUUCAAGCAGCACCUCCUGGAGCACGUCACGCACAGCUUGGCUGACCUUGAGGAGUUCCUCCAAACUGCUGAGGAAGGGCUGAGCAGGAAGGUUGAGAAGGGGGAUUACGAGGGCCUGGUGGAGGUCAUGGGGCACCUCCUGGCUGUGAAGGAGCGACACGGUGCCACCGAUGCCAUGUUUGGGCCCCUGAGGGAAACCAUUGACCUGCUGAGAGCCUACGAGCAGGAGGUGCCAGGGGAAGUCCACCAGCAACUGGAGGAGCUGCCAGAGAAGUGGAACCAGGUGAAGAAGCUGGCCCUGGCUGUGAGGCAGCACGUGGCUCCUCUGCAGGCCAACGAGAUGACGGCCCUGCGCCAGAGCUGCGCUGCCUUCGACACCCAGCAGCUCCAGUUCAGGGAGAGCUUUGGGAGAGAAGCUCCCUUCAGGUUUGACACUGAGAAGCCUUAUCAACUGCUAGAUACAAAGCACAUGGAGAUUAAACAGAUGGAGUCAGCCAUGACCUCGAUUUCGGAAUCAGCUGAUCUGUUUGAAGUCAUGGUGCCAGAAUAUAAACAACUGAAGCAGUGCAGGAAGGAGCUGUGUCUUCUCAAAGAGCUCUGGGAUAUGAUCUCCCUGGUGAACACCAGCCUCAGUGACUGGCAGACCACCAAGUGGGUGGAUAUUAAUGUGGAAAACAUGGAUCUGGAGUGUAGAAAGUUUGCAAGAGAGAUUCGGAAUCUGGAUAAAGAAAUGAGGGCAUGGGAUGCUUUCACUGGGCUGGAGAGCAAGGUGAAGAACAUGCUGACAGCCCUGAAGGCAGUGGCAGAACUUCAAAACUCUGCCAUCAGAGAAAGGCACUGGAACCAGCUGAUGCAGAUGACGGGUGUGAGGUUUGUGAUGGACUCGGACACCACGCUGGCUGACCUCCUCAAGCUCAACCUGCAUAAAUUUGAGGGUGAGGUCCAUGGAAUCGUGGACAAAGCAGUGCGAGAAAUGAGCAUGGAGAAAGUGCUGAAGGAGCUGAGAGUGACUUGGAGCACCAGGGAGUUCCAGAGCGAGCCUCACUCCCGCACCAACGUCCCCUUGCUGAGGUCAGAUGAGGAGCUUAUUGAAACUUUGGAAGACAACCAGGUGCAGCUGCAGAACUUGAUGUCAUCCAAAUACAUUGCUUUCUUCCUGGAGGAGGUGUCUGCCUGGCAGAGGCAGCUCUCCACCACCGAUGCUGUCCUGUCCCUCUGGUUCGAGGUGCAGCGCACGUGGUGUCACCUGGAGGGCAUCUUCAUAGGCUCAGAGGACAUCCGAGCACAGCUGCCCCAGGACUCCAAGUGCUUUGAAGGGAUUGAUGCGGAUUUUAAACAACUGGCCUAUGAAAUUCAGAAAACCCCAAAUGUAGUUGAGGCCACCAGUAAACCAGGUCUGUCCCAACAGCUGGAGGACAUUCAGAGGAGGUUGUCUCUGUGUGAGAAGGCUUUGGCUGAAUAUCUGGACAGGAAGAGGUUGGCCUUUCCCAGAUUUUACUUCAUUUCUUCUGCAGAUUUAUUGGAUAUCCUUUCCAAUGGCACUAACCCACACCUGGAUUGGGCCCUGUUUGAUCACAGGGCCACGGUGAGGGAUGAGAUGACGGCGGCUGUCACGGCCUACGAGGAGAAGCCGAGGGAGCAGUGGCUCUUUGACUACCCUGCCCAGGUGGCUCUUUGCUGCACCCAGAUCUGGUGGACAACCGAGGUGGGGAUUGCCUUUGCCAGGAUGAAGGAGGGCUACGAGAAGGCCAUGAAGGAGUACCACAAGAAGCAGGUGGCCCAGCUGAACACCCUGGUGACCAUGCUGCUGGGGCAGCUCUCCAAGGGCGACAGGCAGAAGAUCAUGACCAUCUGCACCAUCGACGUGCACGCUCGGGAUGUGGUGGCAAAGAUGGUCGCGCAGAAGGUGGACAAUGCCCAGGCGUUCGUGUGGCUGUCGCAGCUCCGGCACCGCUGGUCGGACGAGGAGCGGCACUGCUUUGCCAACAUCUGUGAUGCCCAGUUCCUGUACUCCUAUGAGUACCUUGGCAACACCCCUCGGCUUGUCAUCACCCCCCUGACCGACAGCAAUCCUCUGGCAGAGCUCCAGCUCUCACCUUCUUGUGGGAAUAUUUACAAAGGCCUUUCCCAGACAGGAGCUUGGGGCUGUUUUGAUGAAUUUAACAGGAUCUCAGUUGAGGUCCUUUCGGUGGUUGCUGUACAGGUGAAGAGUGUGCAGGAUGCCAUACGGGAGAAGAAGAAAUCCUUUAAUUUUCUUGGAGAAGACAUUAACUUGGUCCCCUCAGUAGGCAUUUUCAUCACCAUGAACCCUGGUUAUGCAGGACGAACUGAAUUACCCGAGAAUUUGAAAGCUCUAUUCAGGCCCUGUGCCAUGGUUGUGCCAGACUUUGAGCUGAUCUGUGAGAUCAUGUUGGUGGCUGAGGGGUUCAUCGAGGCCCGAGCAUUGGCCAGGAAGUUCAUCACCCUCUACCAGCUCUGCAAAGAGCUCCUGUCCAAGCAGGAUCACUAUGACUGGGGGCUCCGUGCCAUCAAGUCUGUGCUGGUUGUCGCCGGGUCCCUCAAACGCGCCGACCCCGAGCGCCCCGAGGAGCAGGUUCUGAUGCGCUCCCUGCGCGACUUCAACAUCCCCAAGAUCGUGACAGAUGAUGUGCCCGUGUUCAUGGGGCUCAUUGGGGAUCUGUUCCCCGCCCUGGGUGUGCCUCGGAAGCGUGACCUGGAUUUUGAGGCGCUGGUGAGACAGGCUGUGCUGGAGCUGCGGCUGCAGCCUGAGGACAACUUUGUGCUCAAAGUGGUGCAGCUGGAGGAGCUGCUGACAGUCCGACACUCCGUGUUCGUGGUGGGAAACGCGGGCACGGGCAAGUCCCAGGUGAUGAGAUCCCUGCACAGGACCCACCAGAUAAUGAAGAGACGUCCUGUGUGGACAGACCUCAACCCCAAGGCAGUCACCAGUGAUGAGCUUUUUGGCAUCAUUAAUCCAGCAACGAGAGAGUGGAAGGAUGGACUGUUCUCAUCAAUCAUGCGAGAGCUGGCCAACCUCACACAUGAUGGUCCCAAGUGGAUAGUACUGGAUGGAGAUAUUGAUCCAAUGUGGAUUGAAUCUCUUAAUACUGUGAUGGAUGACAAUAAGGUGCUGACCCUGGCCAGCAAUGAGAGGAUCCCUCUGAAGCCGACGAUGAGGUUGCUCUUCGAGAUCAGCCACCUGCGCACGGCCACCCCGGCCACCGUGUCCAGGGCGGGGAUCCUGUACAUCAACCCAUCAGACCUGGGCUGGAAUCCCCCGGUGAGCAGCUGGAUUGACCGGCGAGAGAUCGAGUCUGAGAGAGCCAACCUGACCAUCCUGUUUGACAAAUACCUGCCAGUCUGCCUGGACACCCUCAGGACAAGAUUUAAGAAGAUUAUUCCCGUUCCUGAGCAGAACAUGGUUCAGACGCUCUGUUACCUCCUGGAAUGCCUCCUGACCGAGGAGAACACACCUUCUGACUGUCCCAAGGAGCUCUAUGAGCUUUACUUUGUCUUUGCUGCUGUCUGGGCCUUUGGUGGAUCCAUGUUUCAGGACCAGCUUGUGGAUUACAGAGUGGAGUUCAGCAAGUGGUGGGUGGCAGAAUUCAAGACAAUCAAGUUUCCCUCUCAGGGCACAGUCUUUGACUUUUACAUUGAUCCAGAAACAAAGAAGUUUGAGCCUUGGACUAAACUUAUUCCCCAGUUUGAAUUUGAUCCAGAGAUGCCAUUACAGAAGUGCCACUGGGAGCAGAUGACUUGUGUGCUGGAGAAGCCUCUGGACAAGAAGGCUGGCAGGACCUACGGCCCCCCGGGCACCAAGAGGCUCGUGUACUUCAUCGACGACCUCAACAUGCCCCAGGUGGACACGUAUGGGACAGUGCAGCCCCACACCCUGCUCAGGCAGCACCUGGACUAUGGACACUGGUAG